AGCCAGAUAACAGACCAAAACAGUUGGACCAAACAGCAACAGCAACAGCAGCUACCUGAUGGACACCAGGACAGUCUAACGGUCUCCUCCACAUGCUCUGAAGGACUCUCUCUCUCUCUCUUUCUCUCUCUGCUGAAUGUGUUUGUGGACUGUUUGGUUAGUAUGUUAAAGAAGUUCUUCUGAGAGACUUGUCGAGAAAGAGGAAGGCUGUAAAGAGAAAGAAGUAAAGGGACUCAACUCCAAACAGGCACCAUGAGCGUCCCACUUUACGCACCGACUCCUAUCCAACACCCGACACCCUUCUACAUCGAGGACAUUCUUGGGAGGACUUCCACCACUACUACUACCAUCUCGCCCUCUUCUUCUUCCUCCUCCUCCUCCUCCUCCUGCUCCACGCCGAUCAUCCCCACGCCGACUCUCCCGUCGCCCAACUCCUCCUUCACGAGUCUCAUCUCCUCGCCGUACAACAGGACGCCGAUUUAUGAGCCCACGCCGAUCCACCCGGCUCUGUCUCACCACCACCACCACCAUCACCACGCCGCCGCUGCUGCUGCUGCGUUGUCGGCGACGUACGCCUCCAUCUACCCGUUCCACCACCAGCAGCACCAGCACCACCGCUCCAUGGGGGAGUACGCACAGGCGCUGCUGAGGCACGACCCUCUGGGUAAACCUCUGAUGUGGACUCCCUUCAUCCAGCGGCCCUUACACAAGAGAAAAGGCGGUCAGGUCCGCUUCUCUAACGACCAGACCAUCGAGCUGGAGAAGAAGUUCGAGACGCAGAAAUACCUCUCACCUCCGGAGAGGAAGCGACUGGCCAAGAUGCUGCAGCUCAGCGAGAGACAGGUUAAAACCUGGUUCCAAAACCGACGAGCGAAGUGGCGACGACUAAAACAGGAGAAUCCUCCGGGAGGUAAGAGGGAGGAGGAUGACAGCUCCUGCGCCGUUGGGAGGAGCAGUAAAGGAGACGAGACCACCGAGCCCUCCGAGACCCAGAGCCCGGAGCAGAGACACUCAGUCCCGGCCUCAGAGCUGCAGGCGGCCCGCUGCUUGAGCUCCGGGUCUCCGCAGCAGCAGCAGCUGCAGCAGUCUCCACACUCACAGCUGGACACACAGCUGGACUCUGACGUGUCAGACGACACAGACCAGGAGCUGGACAUAGAAGACGAGGACGAGCUCCCUCUGAACCCAUAAUAGUUCUGAACACUGACACUGGAUCCACUUAGACAUUCAGAAGCUGGAUGAUGAAGAUCACUGGACUCCUCAGCCUCAGCAUCUUCCUCCUUCACUGGUUUACUCCAGAGAGACAGACAGGUUGAUGGACUAUAUCCUGAUGUGAUAUUUAUGGAAGUUUUUAUUGGAUUUUAUUAGUUGUAAUCCUACACAAGACAUUCCACAAAUGUGUACCAUGAUCUGCAAAUAUUUCACAAUCCACAAACAUGUAUUUUUGUAUUUGUGUUGUGUAAAGUCACAUUCACAAAAAUAAAGGGAAAUUUGCAAAUACGUAUUACUUACUCUGUAAAUGCGUAUUUUAAGGUUUACAUGUAAAGUGAUAUGUAUAUGCAUUUGUGCAUCUAUUUCACAUUUGCAGAUGGCAUCCUUUGGAUUUAUGGGCCACAUGACAUUGGUAACUUUCCUCCUACUUGUUUACAGCAGAUCUGUACAUAAUAGUUGUAAUCCACAGAAGACAAUUCACAAAUAUGUACCAUGAUCUACAAAUAUUUCACCACCCACAAACGUAUUUUUGUAUUUGUGUUGUGUAAAGUCACAUCCACAAAAAUACAGGGCGA